AUGUUGCGCACUACAGGUGACGUCACAGGCCACGUCAACGAACGUGUUGCUAUGGACACAGCUGACCUACAUGUAAACAACAUGACAGACGCGACAGUCAAUAUUACUGAUUUGGACAUACAAAGUAUGGAAGUGUGUAGUGUUGACAAAGUUACACACCCGAUUAACACAGCUUCGGACACGUUAAGUUCUGGUAGUAGCAGUAACGGGCUUGACCCAGAAACUUACGAUAGUCCCAACACAAUAAGGAAAAUAAUUUACAUACCAAACAGAGAUCAAACACAAACACAAAUUUCGAGUGCAUGUGAAUUGCAGAACACACAACCUGUAACUUCACAACCCGACACAACACAUUCUGCACAGCAAUUAGGCAAUGUAGCAGGAAAUGGAGCGUUUGCUGCCUUGCUCACUUUCCUAGGAGACAGACUCGCACAGAUCACACAAAAGAUAGACGAAUCCAGCGAGAAAACUAGGUAUGACUUAACACAGAAAAUGGAUGAAAUGAAUAGGGACUUAACACGGUUAAAUCAGAAGGUAGAAGAAUCAAAGAGGGAUAUAACGCAGCAGGUAAGAGGGGUAAAAGACGAAGUACAGAGCCUCACAGUGCAGUUAAAACGCCUCACUGUGGAGCAUAACGAAUUUAAGAACCAAUUAGAAACGGUUUUAGACAAUUCAUCACAGAACAAACUGAUUACUGACAUAGGAAACAUGAAAAACGAAGUAAACAGUAUACAGGAGAAUUACGGAAACAUUCCAACAGAGGUUACAAAACUGUCAGAUCGAAUAGGAUCACUAGAAUUAGAGCAAAAACAGAUCAAGGAAGAUCUAAGCUUAGUAAAGGAAAGUCUAGAAGACACUACAACGGCACAAAAGGUGGUGCAUGAAUACGGCACAUGCCUUACAGGUUUCGAAAGACAUCUAGCUGAAAAGGAGACAGAAAUAGUUGACAGAGUAAUGAAACAGGUUAAGACUGUCCUAGAGCAAACCAAACAAACAUCUGUAGAGACAAACACACAAACAGAAAAACCUAGAACCGUCACUACUGACACUGCUAUAAGCAAACCACCAAGCAUUGAAUUUGGUAAUGAAAAGAGUAUUGUACGAGUACAAGAUCAGGUACAGCAGCGGUACACACCACAAGCGAAAGAUAGAACUUCUCCAGCUGUUAGCUGUUUACACAACAUGCUGUCAAGUAGCAAUUAUACACCGCAUUGCUCGUGUAGUCAUUCAUCAACACCACAUGACGGUCAAAGGCAGAACAGCAAUAACAGUAACCGCAACGGCAAUAAUCGUAACGGUAAUUACAAUCACAAUAAUAAUAAUACACCCGGCAGGCAAACACAACAACUUGACUACCCGCGGGGGCAGAAUGGUCAAACAUAUGGAAACAAACCGUGGAACCGCAGGGAAAACAGAUACAAUCCCGGGUAUCAAAACGGCAGAAAUAGGAACAGGGGCAGAUUUCAGCCAAAUUCACAUUGGCAAAAUAAUAACACACAGAACAAUAACAGAAACAGCAACACUUUUGGAAGAAACAGGCGAGCCACAUAUCCAGCAACUGGCAAUGCAUGGCAAGCGCAAACGCCAAGUGUAAAUAUUAUUGAAUUGAAUGACAACAACACAGCCAGUACACCCGUACUAGCUAACGGCAGCGUUGCCAACACCGUGGAAAACAGCACGCGACACUGCUCACCCCCGCAGCGGUAG